UUGGCGAGCCAGAGAAAGCUCCCGGGCUCCGGGAGAGCUGCGCCUCGGUUGCAAAAUGACAAACCUCAAGUUUUUCUGCUCUCCCCUUUCCCCCUCUUCCUUCCAGAUACGUCACGACGGAUCAAACAGCUACCGUUUGAUGCAGCUUGGCUGUCUGGAGUCCGUAGCCAAUUCCACUGUCGCCUAUUCCUCCUCCUCCCCUCUAACUUACUCCACCACCGGCACCGAGUUUGCGUCCCCCUACUUCUCCACUAACCACCAGUACACCCCGCUCCACCACCAGUCCUUCCAUUACGAGUUUCAGCACAGCCACCCGGCCGUCACUCCCGACGCCUACUCUCUGAACUCGCUCCACCACUCGCAGCAGUACUACCAGCAGAUCCACCACGGGGAACCCACCGACUUUAUUAACCUGCACAAUGCGCGGGCGCUCAAGUCGUCCUGCCUGGACGAGCAGAGGCGGGAGCUGGGCUGCCUCGAUGCCUACCGCCGUCACGACCUGUCCCUCAUGAGCCAUGGCUCUCAGUAUGGAAUGCACCCAGAUCAAAGACUCCUGCCAGGGCCCAGCCUGGGGCUGGCCGCCGCGGGAGCCGACGACUUGCAGGGCUCUGUGGAAGCCCAGUGUGGGCUUGUUCUCAAUGGCCAAGGUGGUGUGAUAAGAAGGGGUGGCACCUGUGUGGUCAACCCCACAGACUUGUUUUGCUCUGUCCCUGGUCGUCUGUCCCUUCUCAGUUCUACUUCCAAAUACAAGGUGACCAUUGCCGAGGUGAAGAGACGCCUCUCACCCCCUGAAUGCCUCAACGCUUCACUCUUGGGAGGCAUUUUGAGAAGAGCAAAAUCCAAGAAUGGGGGUCGCUGCCUGAGGGAGAAGCUGGAUAGGCUGGGUCUGAACUUGCCAGCGGGAAGACGGAAAGCAGCCAACGUUACCCUGCUCACUUCCUUAGUUGAAGGGGAGGCAUUACACUUGGCUCGAGAUUUUGGCUACACUUGUGAAACAGAGUUUCCAGCAAAAGCAGUAGGAGAACAUCUUGCCAGACAACAUAUGGAACAGAAAGAACAGACAGCAAGAAAAAAGAUGAUCCUAGCCACCAAACAAAUUUGUAAAGAAUUUCAAGACCUCUUGAGCCAAGAUAGAUCACCGCUGGGAUCCUCCAGACCCACUCCAAUUCUAGACCUUGACAUUCAGAGACACUUAACACAUUUCAGUUUGAUCACUCAUGGCUUUGGGACCCCAGCAAUAUGUGCAGCCCUAAGCACUUUCCAAACAGUCCUCAGUGAAAUGCUGAACUACUUGGAAAAACACACUACUCACAAAAAUGGUGGAGCAGCAGAUUCUGGCCAAGGACAUGGCACCUCGGAGAAAGCCCCCCUGCGGAAAACUUCAGAGGCCGCCGUGAAAGAGGGCAAAACCGAAAAGACAGACUAACUACAUCAAACAGAAUCUAUUUCCAGAGAGUCUUGCUGCUGAUAUUUUUUCUAAUUUAUAUAUCAUUGAGGGUGAUUAAUCUUCAGUGGACAAAAUCUCUGCCCUCCCCCAGCCCUCCAUAAAAAAACAAAAAUGGAAAUGAAAAAUGAAACAAAAAAGGACAAAAUCAAAAAAAAAGACAAAAAAAAGGAAAACAGCAGUGUAACUGUGUGAUAAAGUUGUCACUUUUUAAUUUAUGUUAUGAUAAACUCCUUUUGUGCACGUAAUUUAUUGUUCCGAAUUAUAUACAUCACAAUUUUUAAGCACUUCUGGACUUUGGAGAGGCAGCACAUGCUUUUUCACAUCUAACUGAUGCACUUUCUUAUCCAACUCUGUAGUUAGGGAUCAGAAAGCAUGACCAGACUGGAACCCACCACCAGCGCCUACAGCGCCCGUCUUUCUCGACUUAAUCCCCUAUAAACAAAAGAGUGCCUCUUUCCACUAAAUAGACCAAUUUGGCGAUCAAUCCAUCAAUAAAUGCUUUGGGAACUGAAAAGGGCAUUCAUGAAUCUUUGUCCUGUGAACUGACAGCAAUUUUAAAAUCUUGGUCACCGCUAGCCCACUUAACUACCAGUGCCUUGGUGGUAUUUAAAAACUCCAGAAAACUCUAUCCCCUCUUCAUGUGAUUAUUCCCACCCCAUCCUAAGACCAAUUUUUUAAAAGAAAAGACUCAGCAGAAUGUUUAAGAGAUAAGAGAUGACCUCUUCUAUCCAAUCUCCUCACAUCCCCAGCCUAACAGUUUAAGGAAGCAGACGGCACAUAGCGGGUCAGGGCAAGAUGGAUAUAGGAAAGGGUAGCUCGGCUACUUAGGCUUCCAAAGAAAAGCUGUGGUAGUGUCUCACCUGGAAAAGCAUGAGAAUAGGAACAGCACUGUCCAGGAAGCCCUGCCCCUCAGAGACAGGAGAGGAGCCCAGGGAACUCGUGGAGGCCCCUCAAAGUGUUGGCGGCCAAUGAUUGUAUGGUUAUAAUGACAGCCGCUAUUCUUUUUCUACCUUUGUGGUUCUUCUACCUGCCAGUAGCUGUGUUCUAAACCUUUAGAGGCUCAAAGCAUUCAGGUCUGUGUUCAGUAAAGAAAACGAAAACACAGUGAUCAGAGAAGACUUUUGCUUUUAAGAUGCUUCCUUUUUUCAUAGCUUGUUCUUAAGCCUUAUUGUCCUU